CGAUUAUAAAGUUUGCUAGUUGUUGUUCUUUCUCACACAGGGUGAGUCCUUUUUUUUUUUUUUUUCUUUCCUCCUACUCUACUGUCUACCCUUUUCAGAUUAUUGUGUUGUCAGCAUGGACUCGGAUUUUGUAGAACGUUUGACAGAGGAUUUUACAGCGGAGGAAGAUGAGGUGAUCAUGGAUUUUAUAGAACGUUUGACAGAGGAUUUGACAGCGGAGGAAGAUGAGGUGAUCAUGGUUCGGUCGGAGCAUCGCGAGAAAACUCUAGAAGAGUGGUCCCUCAGUUUGCUAGGAAGGUUUCACACGACCGAACUCAUCAACUUCAGAGCUGCGGAAAACCAUCUACGCUCUGCAUGGAAGAUAGAGGGGAACGAUCUAAAAAUUACAGAUGUUGGGGACGGACUGCUUCGGUUUAAAUUCUCGAUGGAAAGCCAAUUGAAGUGGGUUAUUAACAACGGUCCUUGGAGUUUCGAUAAUCAUAUCCUAUUACUGCGAAGGUGGGAGAAAGGAAUGACGGUCUUUUCGGUUAACUUCCAAACUGUUCCGAUGUGGGUGCAAGUGUGGGAACUACCCUUCGAUCUGAUAAACCAGGAAGCAGGGAGAGCUAUUGGACGACGAAUUGGUAGAGUCAUUGAGGUAGAUUGUAAAUCCAUUGCCUCGGGCGAGGCAAGGUUUCUCCGGGUCAGAGUUGACGUGCCCUUAGACAAGCCGAUACGCCGGGGAGCCCCAGUAUUGAGUCCGGAAGGUGAUAAGGUUAGGGUGGCUUUCAAGUACGAAGGGCUAUGUGGUCUGUGCUUCCAUUGUGGCCUCCUUGGUCAUGAGGCAAAAGCAUGCAAGACCACGAAGCUGAAGGUGGGGGAGAAGAGUCCUUAUGGCGAAUGGAUGCGAGCGACGGAGGAUGUGACACAAUCUCUGGGGGUGCUUUCACAGACCAGCAACUCUCUGGUGGCACAAUCUCUCCGAGAUGGAGACCCCAACGCCAACAACGAAGAGAGGGAAGAAGCGCUCUUCUUCUUAGAGAGCCAUAGCUUCCACCUCGACUCCGCCGUCUCCACUUUUCUCGACAUCGACGGAGCAGAAACAGAACCACAGCAGAAUUUUAGUUCGGGUGACGGACUUUCAAGGGCAAUAAUUGAGGAAGCAAUUCGUGCCCUCAAGACAAUAAUUGAGGAACGAAUUCCGGAGAUUAUGGAGGUUGUUGAAUACCUGGAACUUAAUGCAACUCCUGCCCUCCAAAAAGGAAAAGAGAGGACCUUGAGGUUGCGGAUCACAAUGUCCAGGUCGAGUAGAUGAAGAGCCUUAAACGAUUAGUGGCAGAUAAAACUUUUUGUACAGUUCACAGUUUUGAGAAAAUAGAAAAUGUUAUAGAGAAGCGGACGGUAAUGGUGACUAACUUUAGAGAGUUCAGUGAAGUUCCACGAAGUUUCCUCCUUUACUGUAGUGUUCUACUUUAGCCCACUUCCACUUUAGCGAGAUAGUUUACAAUUCCAGAUAUCAGGACUUCCAGAACUUUGGACCCAUCAGUUCGCGAUCUGCCGCAGAACCUUGGCUAGCAAUUUUCUGAAUACGUGAAGAAAAUUCUUCGGCCUGAAGGCAUUGAAGCUGGUCAGUGCACUUGCUGUAUAUUCCAUAUUCCAUAGAGAAUCAUUAUAAAUGCAUGUGAAAAAUGGAUGUAUCCAGAAAAUCUAGAUUUUUCUUACGCUCCCAUCACUUUAUGCUGGGUUUAUAAAAUGUUCAAGUGGAAAGUAAUAUUUAAAGCAGAACAGUCACUUCUAGCAAAGAAUUGCACUACGAUAAAUGCACUGGGGAAAAUUAUGUUUCCUACAACAUGAGCUAGAUACACAACA